AUGGAAUCACCUGUCUCAUUUGGAGUGAUCCUUGCUGUCCUGGCCUCCCUCAUUAUUGCUGCUAAUGCCCUCGUGGCCAUAGCGGUACUGUCGUUGAUCUUCAAGAAUGAUAGCAUCAGUCUCUGUUUCACCUUGAAUCUGGCUGUGGCUGAUGCCUUCCUUGGCCUGGCCAUCUCUGGCCUAGUCACAGACCAGCUCUCCAGCCCGGCUCGGCCCACGGAGAAGACGCUGUGCAGCCUUCGGAUGGCAUUUGUCACUUCUUCUGCAGCCGCCUCUGUCCUCACGGUCAUGCUGAUUGCCUUUGACAGGUACCUUGCCAUCAAGUGGCCCCUCCGCUAUUUCCAGAUCAUGAAUGGGUUCAUGGUCGGGACCUGCCUUGCCGGGCUGUGGUUGGUGUCUAACCUCAUUGGCUUCCUUCCCCUCGGGAUCCACGGAUUCCAGCAGACCACCUACAGGGGGUCCUGCAGCUUCUUCGCUGUGUUUCACCCGCGCUUCGUGCUGACCGUCUCCUGCGCUGGCUUCUUUCCAGCCCUGCUGCUCUUUGUCUUUUUCUACUGUGACAUACUCAAGAUCGCGUCCACGCACAGCCAGCAGAUCCGCAACACGGAGCAUGCGGGAGCCCUGGCCGGGGCUCACCAGCCCCCACGGACCCCCAGUGACUUAAAGGCUGUGCGCACAGUGGCCAUUCUCAUUGGGAGCUUCACGCUGUCCUGGUCCCCAUUCCUUGUCACAGGCAUUGUGCAGGCGGCCUGCCAGGAGUGCCGCCUCUACCUGGUGCUGGAGCAGUACCUGUGGCUGCUCGGUGUGGGCAACUCCCUGCUCAACCCGCUCAUCUAUGCCUGUUGGCAGAAGGAGGUGCGGCAACAGUUCUCCCAGAUGGCGCUGGCUAUGAAGAAGGGGCUCGCCGCAUGCCUUCUUCUCUCGGCCAGGGAUGGGGGUCCAGAGGGGCACAGGGAAAGUGUGCGUUACAUCACCACCAUGUCCCACUUAGAGCUUGAAGGCUAA